GGACUUUCUCUCGCGGAUACCACUCGCUAUGUCUGGACGCGGGAAGCAGGGCGGCAAGGCUCGCGCCAAGGCCAAGACGCGCUCGUCGCGGGCCGGGCUGCAGUUCCCGGUGGGCCGCGUGCACCGCCUGCUCCGCAAGGGCAACUACGCCGAGCGGGUGGGGGCCGGCGCGCCGGUGUACCUGGCGGCCGUGCUGGAGUACCUGACGGCCGAGAUCCUGGAGCUGGCGGGCAACGCGGCCCGCGACAACAAGAAGACGCGCAUCAUCCCGCGCCACCUGCAGCUGGCCAUCCGCAACGACGAGGAGCUCAACAAGCUGCUGGGCCGCGUCACCAUCGCGCAGGGCGGCGUCCUGCCCAACAUCCAGGCCGUGCUGCUGCCCAAGAAGACCGAGAGCCACCACAAGGCCAAGGGCAAGUGAAACGUUUACGGAAUCUGCCUGCUCUCCCAAUCCCGAAAAUCAAAGGCUCUUUUAAGAGCCACCCAUCUUUUCUGGGAAGUGCUGAAAUACUACAGAACUCCUGAGACGUUUUGUUUCCUUACUUGCUAACCUUAAGGUAGCCUAUUUCGAAGUUUCCUAUUGUAAAAACUGGACAACUCCUCCCGGUACUCCCACACAAUGGUCAGAUGAGUUUAAGAUGUUACACCUCUGAUGCCUGGAGGUUUAUGCAACAUUACAUAAAAUGCUCCCGCCAAUUGCAAAUGCACAAGCCAUUCGCAGUAAACCAAGUGGCAAUUCUGAGGUCGUAACUUCGGGGUGUAGGUUACGUAUAUAACAACGAUAGUCAUCGAGAGCAUUGUCUGUAUGUUGAGAUUGUUUAAAAGCGCAGUGUAUACACAUGUACGUAAUUAUAUA